AACACAGAUAUGGUUAACAGCCAGAGCUCUACCGUCCUCGCAAGUCGAUCCAGCUCUACCAGAAGUAAAAGACAUCCGCCAAGGUCUACAGGUCAACGACCAUCGACCUGAUCCUUUCGCCAGUCACAAUGUUCCACAAACUUGCCCUCAUCUCGUUCACUCUCGCCGCCAUUGCCGCCGCUCAACAAGCCGGCACGCAGACGCCAGAGACCCACCCGACACUGUCGUCCCAGAAGUGCACCACCGCCGGCGGGUGCGUCAACCAGAGCACCAAGGUCGUCCUCGACUCCAACUGGCGAUGGCUGCACAGCACCACCGGAUACACCAACUGCUACACCGGCAAUGAGUGGGACGCGACACUGUGUCCCGACGGCGCGACAUGCGCGGCGAACUGUGCGCUGGACGGUGCAGAUUACACGGGGACGUACGGGAUCACGAGCUCGGGGUCGUCGCUGACGCUGCAGUUCGUGACGGGAUCGAACGUGGGGAGCCGUGUGUACUUGAUGGCGGACGACAGCCAUUACGAGAUGUUCAAGCUGCUUAAUCAAGAGUUCACGUUCGACGUGGACAUGUCGGAUCUGCCGUGCGGGCUGAAUGGAGCGCUGUACCUGGUGGAGAUGGACGAGGAUGGAGGAAUGAGUCGAUUCCCGACGAAUAAGGCUGGAGCGAAGUAUGGGACUGGAUACUGCGACUCUCAGUGUCCUCGUGACAUCAAGUUCAUCAAUGGCGAGGCCAACGUCGUCGGCUGGAAUGCGACGAGCGCGAAUGCAGGCACCGGCAACUUCGGCACGUGCUGCAGUGAGAUGGACAUCUGGGAGGCCAACAGCGACGCCGCCGCAUUCACCCCACACCCGUGCACGACCGACGGCCAGACACAGUGCUCGGGCGACGACUGCACUCGCGACACUGGCCUGUGCGACGCCGACGGCUGCGACUUCAACUCAUUCCGUCUGGGCAACAAGACAUUCCUGGGCAACGGCCUGACGGUCGACACGUCCAAGCCGUUCACGGUCGUGACGCAGUUCGUGACGAGCGACAACACGACGACAGGGACGCUGAGCGAGAUCCGUCGGGUGUACGUGCAGGGCGGGAAGGUGAUCCAGAAUAGCGUGGUCAACGUCCCCGGGAUCGACGCGGUCAACAGCAUCACGGACGAGUUCUGCACGGAGCAGAAGACGGUGUUCGGAGACACGGACUACUUCUCGCAACACGGUGGACUGCAGCAGAUGGGCGAGUCACUCGGGAAUGGGAUGGUGCUCGCGCUGUCGGUGUGGGACGACUAUGCGGCGAGCAUGCUGUGGCUUGACUCUGACUACCCGACGACCAAGGAUGGGUCGUCGCCUGGUGUCUCGCGCGGCACUUGUGCGACGACGUCUGGUGUACCAGCACAGAUCGAGUCGCAGGCCCCGAGCUCGAAGGUGGUGUUCAGUAACAUCAAGUUCGGUGACAUUGGGUCUACAUUCAGUGGCGGUACGACAUCACUUCCUCCUCCGCCUCCUCCGGCAUCUGGAUCUGGGUCGUCUGCUGGCCCUGCACCGACUGGGAGUGUUUCUCAGUGGGGCCAGUGUGGUGGGACUGGGUAUAGUGGUCCGACUGUGUGCGCGUCUGGCUUCACUUGCCACGUUCUUAACCCUUAUUAUUCCCAGUGCUACUAGGUGGCGGACAGAGAGUU